AUGCAGAACACAGACAAAUAUUCCCCUCAGCGGCGCGCUGGCCGCGAACAUGUCCCUCUGUACCCCAGAGGAUUCAUCGCUCUCAGAAUAGUGCAGCUCGUUCUGGCCCUCAUCAUAACCGGCCUCUGCGCCUUCGGCGCCUAUGCCGCCCCAACCCCUGGAAAUUGCCUCAUGCUGUUCGUCGCCGUGGCAACUGUCAUCGUGACUACCUGGCUCAUUGUCGCCAAAUAUGGCGCCCCAAAGGCAUACAAUUAUUGGGCCGUACUGGCUUUGGACUGCUUCCUCGUCGUGUUCUGGCUCUGCGCCUUCGCGUUGCUGGCAUCCGAAGCCGCCUACGUCUUUGCUCUCGGCGCCUACUGCGAUUAUUACGUCGAUUGCUACGCUUCCACCAGAGCUGCGCUGCUGAUUAUCUCCGCCUGCAUGUCUGCCGCCGCCGGUGUCGGUGGCCUCGAAUUUGCUCUCUUCAUCACCUCGCUAUCGAUCCACGGCGUCAUGCUUCAUCGCCAUCGCAAGGCCGGUCUGCACUGCAACCCAGUGUCAUCAUCCAGCCAUCACAGCAACAGUGAGAAGAACACUACGCAUCUCACCACAAACACUGCCUAUCAACCCGUCAACCAGGGACAAGCUGCGCCUCCUUACGCGCAGCCACAACAGCAGCAACAACAACAGCAGCAGCACCAGCCAUUUGAUGCAGGGGUUCAGCAGCACCAUCACCAAACUCAGCAACAGAUGUACUCCCCGCAACCUAUCCAGCAACAGCAGCCUCAGCAGCAGCACAACUUCUAUCCCCAACAAGCUCCAACGCCCCUGAGUGCGCAACACACAGGGGGUUCCUUCACACAGAUGCAACCACAGCAGUCUACUGCUCCACCUAUGCCUCCAAUGCCCAACGCGCACGAGGUGUCUGGCAACCAUUACCACUCUCAUUAA